AUGGAAGAAGAGAAUGUUUCAAAGGACUUCACUACUAAGCAGAUCACAAUCGACAUUCCAGAGAAGUCGGAACGUCCUUUAACGAAGGAAUUGGAAUCGGAAUGUCCCUUUAUAAUAUCUGGGAGUGCAGCGGUGCCCCCUGAUAAGCUUUCCAUGGUGACCUGUGCAGCGGUGUCCCCUGAUAAUCUUUCCAUCCGUGGAAUACAUAGGAGUCCUGAUACGAGGAAUUGGAUAAUCUACAAGGUUCCCAAUAAGCUCCGGAAGAUACGUCCAGCAGCUUACACUCCCCAACUAGUUUCAAUUGGGCCUUUUCACCAUGGCAAAUCAAACUUGAAGGUCAUGGAAUAUCAUAAAGCCAAGUUCAUGAGUGAAUUCCUGGGGCGGUCCUUCUGUAAUCAUAUUGAGGAGGAGAAUUUGAUCCACGAGAUCACGGAAAUCAAGGAAGAAGAUGGGAAACUUGUGGAAAAAGCACAGCGUAGCUAUCAAGAAGAGACCUUUGAGCCUGAGAAUAAGAAAAAGUACUGGGAGGUCCCGAAAAACAUUUUACGAGAUGCCUGCUUCAUCCUUGAGCUCUUCCUUAGAAACCACGAAAAUCAAUUUUCGCCUCCCGAUGAAGAAGAUAAGAAAACGAAGCAGCUGUCUGAUAAAGAAAUCAAAGAUAAUGCUUGCUUCAUCUUUGAGCGAUUCUUUAGAAACCACCAAAUUCAAUCUCGAUCUCCCGAUAAAGAAGAUGAGAAAUAUUCAGGGGACCACAUAUUAAGUCCAUGGGUUAAGGCAGCUAUAAAACAGGACUUGAUAUUGCUGGAAAAUCAGCUCCCCUUUUUUGUUCUCGAUCGACGCUGGCAUAACGAUUUAUCUGAUGUUAAGGACGAUGAUAAGCGCUGCUGGUGGAAUUGCCGCGAUCGCUGUUGGUGGAAUGGCCGCGGUUGCUGUUGGAUAAAUGGUUGCUGUGGGAUUAAUCGUUUGGAAUUGAAAAUCCCUCAAUUGAAGGUAGAUGACAACACCGAGUGCAUUUUCAGAAACGUCAUGGCGUUGGAGCAGUUUGUUUAUCCAAAGACUCCUCGUAUCUGCAAUUAUAUUUUUCUGCUGGAUCAACUCAUCGACACCGUUGAAGAUGUGGUUUUUCUGGUUGACAAGGGAAUCAUUGAGAACUGGCUUGGCAGUAACAAGGCCGUGGCUGCCUUGGUUAACACACUCAGCGACCAAAUUGUGACACCGCGUUUCUUCUAUGCUGAUAUAUGCGACGAACUUAACAAGUAUCACAGCAAAAAUUUGAAUGUUGCCAUGUCAACCCUCAACAGGGUUCACUUCAAGGAUAUUUGGACUGGUAGUUCCACUGUUGUUGGGCUUGUUAUCGUUGUGUUCUCCUUCUUCUCUACCUAUUCUACCAUCAAGAAUCUCUUCUUUGUAUGA